UUAGUUGUAUUCCGUUUUCAGACGACUGAUUUGUAAACAAGAAUACUUCUAAAAUGGCAGAUUGUCUCAGUGUCUUGCGCGAAUAUCGCAUGACCAAAAAGCCGAUCAAAGUCGAGGACGACUUGGUCAUUUUUGGAGACAAAGCAUGGCCGAAAGACACAAAAACGAACUACAUUCGAUACGACGCAAAUUCGGGCCAAGAAGAUUACUACACACUAUUCUCGUUGGUUGAUUUCCUGGAUAAUAUUAAUUUACCGCAUCAUCAUUACGUGAAAGAAUCGUCCUCAAAACAGAUUCCAGUAGUCAGAUUGCCAGAUCGAAAAGAUUUGGAGAAUUAUCUUCAAGGCAUAACCAGUUCUUCGACUAGGAUUGACAGAACAGCUCCGAUCCAAAUUGCAAUUCCAAGAGGCGAAAAGAGACCUUUGGGAUCUUCUAAUCGAGGAAUAGAUGCGAAAAAACUGAAGCAAGAUUCAAGCUCGAAAUCCAGACAGGAUGAUGAUGGAUCAGGUGCGGGAUCUGGGGCGCCUGUUAGUUCUUUAACCGAAGCGAUUCCUCAAGAGAAGCUACAGGAGUUGAUAAAGAAACGAAAAGCGGUGAUUAUGAAGUCAACAAAACCUGUAAUAUCGGAUGAUUUUGUGGCGCCUCCAAACUUGGUCGAAAAUAGACUUGGAAUGAGCGCCGAAGAAGCGAUUAAGUACAUAACGAGUAAAGAGAGAGUUUGGAGAACAAGAUCAACCAUUCUUCAAAGUACGGGAAGCAAGCUGAUUGGUCAAAACGUGGGGCUCAUUUUACAGUCAGUGCGGGCCAUUGAAGGUGGGGGAGGUGCAAGUUCAAAAACAGAGCAAAAAGAAGAUCAGUUGAAAGAAAAACAAAAUCAGCCGACACAUUACAACAGGUACGACCAGGAAAAAUUCAAAGGUCGCGAGGAUACAGAAGGGUUCAAAAUCGAUACGAUGGGAACUUACCACGGACUGAGUUUGAAAUCAGUGAAUCAAGGCUCAAAUAACAGUUCGAACAGCAGACCAAGUUCUCAGAGUGCAUCAUAUAGCCAUUCGAGUAGCAGUAGAUCUCCAAGUAGUGCUCCUCAGAAAAGAGUCUCAAAGACGCCUAUUAUAAUUUUACCGGGUGGAAGUUCAUCUUUGAUUUCUAUUUUCAACGCCAAAGAUAUCCUGCAAGACCUCAGAUUUGUUUCUUCAGAGCAAAAAAGACAAGAGGGAACGAGGCGCGACGCGGAAGUAUUACUCCACAGGAGCAAAGCGAUCGGAGGUCAGUCCGUAUCGGUUCCCUAUCGGGUCGUGGACCUUCCGAGUAAGUUGACGAUGGAGGAAUGGGACCGAGUUGUAGCAUGUUUUGUCCAGGGUCCGGCUUGGCAAUUUAAAGGAUGGCCUUGGCUAGCUCCAGAUGGAUCUCCCACUGAAAUAUUUCUGCAUAUGAAAGCGUUUUACAUGCAAUGGGACGAUCUGCCAAUCGAUAAAAACGUGCAAAAAUGGGACGUCCAUAUUUUGAAACUGAGUCGCAACCAUAGGCAUUUGGACCGAGCAGUUAUCUUGAAGUUCUGGGAAGCAUUAGAUAAAUGGGUCGGCAAGCACAAGCCUAAUUUGAGAACUUAAUUGAGUUUAAAUAUCAUAAAUUUUUCCUUUAUGUUUUGAAAUGGUCAUGACAGAAGCUACUCAUGGGUCAAAUUGAUCAGAAACAGCUCCGUGUAGCGUUGGGAGUAUUAUUUUUUUGUCAAAAAUUGAUAUCAGGUGGCUUUCUUUCUCUCUUAAUUGUGUUAAUUGUUUUGUUAGCUGGUAAGUCAAAUGAUGCUUUUAUGCAAAUAUUAAUUUAGUAUUAUUUUCUGAA